GGAACAGAACAUGUGAAAGGGUGAAAGUGGAAGGCAUGUUUAUGUUCCUUCUCUACCCGCUCAAACUCAGUCCAAUGACCAUUAGAGGAAUUUGGCAUUUGUGUUCUUGAAUCAAUGUCUAAUUCAAUGUUGCAACAAGACCAUUCAUCUUCAUCAUCCCCUUCCGUUAGGAAUGGAGGCCCCGUUCCUCACUUGAGCACCCCUCCUGGACCACCUGUUUUUACUUCUCCUGUUCGUCCUGCUGCUGUUCCUUUCCGCACCUCACCUGUCUCGCCUCAGCCGCCUGCUUUUUCUUCCCACUCCGCUUUCCCAACGCCAUCCCCGCCACAUUUCUCCAAUGGAUCUUUUCAGUUGCAGCCCCAAGUUUCUCAUGCUAUAGAGGCUCAUGUUCCCGCAGCUGCUGAAGAAUCAAACUUUGUUCGCUUCUCAGCUAGCAAGGUGUUGAAGCAGAAGAAACAGGCUAAUGUACCCAGUUUGGGUUUCGGGGCGUUGCUCUCUCCAGGGAGGGAGGUCUUAGCAGGUCCGCAAGUAAUUCAGCGCGAUCCACAUCGCUGCAAAAGCUGUGGAGCUUUUGCAAAUAUCUAUUGCAACAUAUUGCUUGGAUCAGGCCAGUGGCAGUGUGUAAUAUGUUCGAAACUGAAUAUAAGUGAUGGUGAGUACAUUGCUCCCAAGAAGGAAGAUCUUCGCAUAUUUCCAGAACUGUCAUCAUCCAUGGUUGACUAUGUUCAAACUGGGAACAAGAGACCUGGUUUUGUGCCAGUUUCAGAUUCGAGAAUGUCUGCACCAAUUGUUCUUGUGAUAGAUGAAUGUUUAGAUGAAUCUCAUCUGCAGCAUUUACAGAGUUCUUUGCAUGCUUUUGUUGAUUCUCUCCCUCCAACAACGCGUGUAGGAAUUGUAGUAUAUGGCCGUACUGUCUCAGUUUAUGAUUUUUCAGAGGAGUCAAUUGCAUAUGCUGAUGUGCUUCCCGGGGACAAGCCACAAAAUCUGGAAUCUUUGAAAGGAUUGAUUUAUGGUACUGGCUUAUACUUGGCACCAAUGCAUGCUUCAUUGCCUGUAGCACAUACCAUAUUUUCAUCUCUGCGGCCCUACAAAAUGAAAAUACCAGAAGCUUCCAGAGAUCGGUGUCUAGGAACUGCUGUUGAGGUUGCUCUUGCUAUAAUUCAGGGCCCAUCUGCAGAUCUGUCCCGAGGGGUGGUCAAAAGGUCAGGUGGUAAUAACAGAAUUAUUGUCUGUGCUGGUGGACCAAACACUUAUGGACCUGGGUCUGUUCCUCAUUCUCUUAGUCACCCUAAUUAUCCUUAUAUGGAAAAGACGGCAUUAAAAUGGAUGGAGAAUCUAGGUCGUGAGGCUCAUCAUCAUAAUACUGUAGUUGACAUUUUAUGUGCUGGAACCUGCCCUGUAAGAGUUCCUAUUUUACAGCCUCUUGCAAAAGCAUCGGGUGGAGUUUUGGUUCUCCAUGAUGAUUUCGGGGAAGCCUUUGGUGUUAACUUGCAGAGGGCAGCCACCAGAUCAGCAGGCUCUCAUGGGCUGUUAGAAUUACGCAUGUCCAGUAGUAUUCUGGUAACUCAAGUUGUGGGUCCUGGUGAAGAGGCUCAUGUAGACACCCACGAGACUUUUAGAAAUGAUACAGCGCUUUAUAUUCAAAUGUUGAGUGUUGAAGAGACACAAAGCUUCUCUCUCUCCAUGGAAACUAAAGGAGAUAUCAAAAAUGACUUUGUUUUUUUCCAGUUUGCAAUUCAAUAUUCAAAUGUAUAUCAAGCCAAUGUGUCAAGGGUCAUUACUGUUAGACUGCCAACUGUAGAUAGUAUUUCAGCAUAUCUUGAGAGUAUUCAGGAUGAUGUAGCUGCUGUCCUCAUUGCGAAGAGGACUCUGUUACGAGCCAAAAACCAUUCUGAUGUAAUUGACAUGCGAGCAUCGAUAGAUGAAAGAAUCAAGGAUAUAGCUCUAAAAUUUGGCUCCCAAUUACCCAAAUCAAAACUUCACUGUUUUCCAAAGGAGCUUUCUCUCUUACCAGAGCUUCUUUUCCAUCUCAAAAGAGGACCCCUAUUGGGGAGCAUUGUUGGCCAUGAAGAUGAGAGGUCUGUGCUGCGGAACCUGUUUCUGAAUGCAUCCUUCGAUCUGUCACUGCGAAUGGUGGCUCCUCGUUGUCUAAUGCACAGGGAGGGGGGGACUUUUGAGGAGCUACCAGCUUAUGAUCUUGCUAUGCAGUCUGAUGCUGCUGUUAUUCUUGACCAUGGCACUGAUGUCUUCAUUUGGUUGGGUGCUGAACUUGCAGCUGAUGAAGCAAGAAGUUCUACUGCUUUAGCAGCUUGUCGGACAUUGGCUGAAGAGCUUACUGAAUUCCGUUUUCCAGCUCCUCGCAUCCUAGCAUUUAAGGAGGGUAGCUCACAGGCUCGAUAUUUUGUCUCUCGAGUAAUACCUGCACACAGGGAUCCUCCUUAUGAACAGGAGGCAAGAUUCCCGCAACUUAGGUCAUUGACAACGGAACAGCGGACAAAGCUAAAAAGCAGUUUCCUUCACUUCGAUGAUCCUAGCUUCUGUGAGUGGCUGCGAAGUUUGAAAGUGGUACCGCCACAACCAAGCUGAUCAUUCUGGUUUAUGUCUUUGGUCGCCGAUUUACCCUCCCAGGGGGCUCGUUUCGUAUUCUUUAUUUAUAUGAUCAUUUGUGUAAUACCAUGAUCUUGCCCAUGUCCUCUAAACUCUCGCUUAUGUGCUUUCCAUUGAUUUCUUUUAACUUCUGAGGAAUAUGUUAUAAUUGUAACAGACGGAUUUUAGUGUUCUUUUUUUCUGUUUUUCUUUUUUAUAAAGGAUGACUGACACAAAUUGAAAAGAAUGUGUCACAAUUUACAGGACGGCUGCUAAGAUGUUAUCAUAGAGGAUAGAGCAAUAAAGGAUUCUCUCGUAUCGUAUUUAUAAUACUUAUUGAUUGCUAAUGAUUUUUCUUUUAUGCCAGAUUAAAUACAAGAACUGCAAGUUCAGCUGACAGUACUACACUUUGAAACUACAGUGUAUUUAUAACGGGAUGAUGUGUAAGUUUUAUGGGACAAUAUCAUGUGAAUAGAGAUCUUGUACAUAGUUUCAUGAAUUUUGGCAAGAUUCUAAAUAUUUACUGUAUGUUCAUUUAAAUUGUUGUCGCAAAUGUUUCCUUUACACAGUCCAGUACUUUCCAAAAGAAAUACAUCUUUUUUCCAUUG